CGGUUUCUACAAUUUCAGUGGCCACCAGGUAGCCUACCACUCACUGCAUUGUGUUGGAUCCAAAACACAUUACAUUUGCUAGGCCUAUCUCUGAUGUCAUGCUUUGGGUCUAUUGGUUGAAGUAUAUUGACGACCUUAUCAUUUUGGAAAUAUUGAAUACGUUUGAUAAAUUUUAGCAUUUAUCACUACAUAGUUUCAGUCAUUUAGAUUCAAGGAAAAAAUACAGGAAAAGAAGAUUGCGUGCACGUAUUGGAACGUGGCCUGUGAGGCGAAGUGGCGUAGCUUGGAAUCAGGAAGUGGUUGAAGGUGUAUGACACUUUUUCUGUGGUUUUCUGUAUUGUUAUCAGUUUAUCUAAGUUAGUUAACAUGGGGCUGUUCGGGAAAACACACGAUAAACCACCGAAAGACCUGGUAAAUGAAUGGUCACUCAAAAUCAGGAAGGAGAUGAGAGUGAUUGACAGACAAAUUCGAGGUGAGAAGAAGAGCUUCAAGGCUAUUUUAUACAUUCAGAGGGAGGAGGAGAAGGUAAAGAGAUCCAUUAAAGAUGCUGCUAAAAAGGGACACCGGGACGUGUGUGUGGUUCUUGCAAAAGAGAUGAUCCAGUCGAAGCGUGCAGUCAGCAAACUUUAUGCUUCCAAAGCCCAAAUGAACUCUGUACUACUCAGCAUGAAGAACCAGCUUUCUGUAUUGCGUGUAGCUGGGGCUCUUCAGAAGAGCACAGAGGUCAUGAAAGCCAUGCAGAGCUUAGUAAAGAUCCCAGAGAUCCAGGGCACCAUGAGGGAGCUGUCUAAGGAGAUGAUGAAGGCUGGUAUCAUAGAGGAGAUGCUGGAGGAUACCUUUGAAAGCAUGGAGGAUGACGAUGAGAUGGAGGAGGCAGCAGAGGCGGAAGUUGAUAAGAUCCUCUUUGAGAUCACAGCAGGUGCCCUUGGCAAAGCACCCAGCAAAGUCACAGACGCCCUGCCUGAAAUGGAGCCUCCUGCCGCAGCUGCAGCCUCAGAGGAUGAGUCGGAGGAGGACAUUGAGGAGAUGCAUUCUAGACUGGCAGCUUUAAGGAGCUAAGAUUGACCUCUUGAACUCUUUCUGUCCCCUUAAAGUCCUUUUGCCUGCCUAAGGAUGUACAAGGUGAAUUUCGGUGUACGGUUUACCUAGUGUUUUCUCAACCACAUUUUGUCUCUUUCUUUCACAUAGUUAUUUUGGAUUAUCUUUGGGCUGUGAACUUUUCAAUGUUUAGGGCUAAAUAACACAUCAGAUCUGUUCUUAAUGGAAAGGAGAUUUUAUGAUCUUACAUGUUAACUGGGUAAGCACAGAAAUCACUCAAUGUGUGGUGUGUCUGUACACCCAACAUUUAAUAAAGAUGUAUGAAUCUCAAGAUAGCUAAAAAUAAGAAGGACCCAUCUGUAUCUUAAGUGCUGAGUGUGGUCUGAUUCUUUUGGUCUUGUAUUUGGGGAAGUCGAGGCUUCAUUCUCCAAUUGGGUGGAUUAACUAGAGACUUACUCUGUGCCGGUCACUGACAUAUCUAAUCUGUAAUGGAAACGUCUUGCUCUACAUUGAGAAAUGAAAUGAGUGACUCAUCACAUUCAAGUGUUCAUGAAACUUGAAUCCAUCACUACUCUGAUCUAGAUCCAAAUUGAAUACAGUAUUACAUUUUAAUACGAUAUUUCAUUCACUUUCAGCAUUAGAAACGCUAGAACUAAAAAACAAACUUCUUUCAGUAGUUUGUCUCUGUACAGUACAUAUGUAUCUAUAUUAUGUUGUCUUAUAUAAAGUUGUUUGGAGGGGGUAAAGAAUGCAUGGAAAUUGACUAACAUAUUUUUUACAUUGAGAUCCAGCUUCUUUAACUGUAUAUUGUUGGCCUCAAAGUCCUAAUAAUUUGUUGUGCUUAUUCAGUAAAAAAUAAAAAUGAUUGGUUAGUUUUGUUUCAGA